AUGGCCCAACAGCACAGCUUGCUUUCAAAAACGUCUUUGUACAAAUUGAAAACUGUUGACAUCUACAAAGCCGGAUCGGCAGCGUUACAUCAAGAUUACCAGCAAAAGAAGAAGAAGCUAAACCGGAUGCAACCAUCAACUAUACUACUGUAUUACACGCCGACCGGUCCAAUUGAAGAGGCAAACAUGUUUGACAAAGAAGAAGAGGAUGAGGGUGACAAUGAGACUUGA